GUUCCAGCCGGGCGGUGUCUGCUGAAGAAAACCGGGCAGAGACGCAGCGACAGGCCGCAGACACAUUCAUCCCCGGUGACGUUAGUGAAGCAGCGGACAGCAGAGGUGCCAGUAUGUCACAACAGGUCAGUGCUGAGCAGAUGGAGGAGAUCAAGGAGGCCUUCAAGAAAGUGGAUGUUGACGGUAAUGGCUUCAUCUCCUCCUCUGAAUUGUCUAAUGUCUUCCGUGAGGUGGGCUGUCCCUUGCCUGGGUAUCAGAUCAGAGAGCUUCUUCAGAGGCUGGACCGAGACAAAGACAGUCGCAUCAGCCUGGAAGAGUUCACGGCUAUUUUCCAGGAGCUGAAGGACGAUCGUCUGGCUCAGGGUUUUAAGAAAGCUCUCAACAAAAAAGAGGGAGUAGUUGCUAUCGGCGGCACCAGUGAGAUCUCCAGUGAAGGAACUCAACAUUCGAUUUCUGACCAGGAGCGAGUGGCCUUCGCCAACUACAUCAACAUUUGUCUGGAGAAUGACGCAGACUGUAAGCACGUCCUGCCCAUCAACCCCAACACUGGAGCUCUGUUCAAAGCUGUGACAGACGGCAUCCUGCUCUGUAAACUCAUCAACCACUCUGUUCCUGACACCAUCGAUGAGCGAACCAUAAACACAAAGAAACUUACUCCCUUCACCACACAGGAGAAUCUAAACUUAGGUCUGAAUUCAGCCUCGGCCAUUGGCUGCCAGGUUAUCAAUAUUGGAGCUCAAGACCUGAAGGAGGGCAAACCUCACCUGGUGCUUGGUCUCCUGUGGCAGAUUAUCAAGAUUGGCCUGUUUGCGGUGAUAGAGCUAAGCCGCAAUGAAGCUAUUGCAGCGUUGCUGGAAGAAGGGGAGAGUCUGGAAGCCUUGAUGAAGCUCAGUCCAGAGGAGCUACUGUUGCGCUGGGCUAAUUUUCACUUGAAAAAAGCUGGAAUGUCUAUAUCCAACUUUUCUGGAGACAUUAAGGACUCGAAGGCUUAUUUCCACCUGCUGGAGCAGAUCGCUCCAGACGGCAGCAAAGAGGACGUUCCUCGCGUUGAUAUUGACAUGACUGGUUUAUAUGAGAAGGAUCCUAUGAAGAGAGCUGAGUGCAUGCUCAAACAGGCCGAACGCCUGGGCUGCAGACAGUUUGUGAGCGCCGCUGAUGUGGUGUCUGGAAAUGCUAAGCUCAACCUUGCCUUCGUAGCCACUCUCUUCAACAAACACCCAUCUCUCACCAAACCAGAGAACCAGGACUGGAUUGUAGAGAGUGAGACCAGGGAGGAGAGGACGUUCAGGAACUGGAUGAACUCUCUGGGAGUGAAUCCACGUGUUCACCACAUCUAUGGUGAUCUGCAGGACGCAUUAGUGAUUCUGCAGCUUUAUGAAAAGAUUAAAGUGCCAGUGGACUGGGACCAUAGAGUUAACCAACCUCCAUACAAGGGUGUAGGAGGAGGUCAUUUAAAAAAGCUAGAAAACUGUAACUAUGCUGUGGAGCUUGGGAAGAAGAAGGCGGGCUUUUCUCUGGUGGGGAUUGCAGGACAGGACCUCAACGAUGGGAAUGCAACUCUAACCCUGGCACUGAUGUGGCAACUAAUGAGGAGGUACACGUUAAAUGUUCUCGAAGACCUUGGACAUGGACAAGUUGCUGGAGAUGAUUUAAUCAUUUCAUGGGUGAACAAGACUUUGGCUGAAGCUGGCAAGACUUCAACUCUCAAAGGCUUCAAGGACAAAGCACUUAACACCAGUAUUCCAGUUCUGGACCUGAUUGAUGCCAUUCAGCCAAACAGCGUGAAAUUUGAUCUGGUUAAAACAGGAACUCUGUCAGACGAAGACAAACUGAACAAUGCCAAGUACGCCAUCUCCAUGGCGAGGAAAAUCGGAGCCAAAGUCUACGCCCUUCCUGAGGACUUGGUGGAGGUCAACCCCAAGAUGGUGAUGACCAUCUUCGCCUGCCUGAUGGGGAGAGGCAUGAAGAAGGCGUGAAGUUCCACUGACUGACUGCUGAUGAGUGACAGAGAUCACACCAGUAGCUUUACUCAUGGUUACUGUUUGUCAGAUUAGGAGUGCCUCUAAUGGAAAUGAAAAUAGGAAAUAUUUGGGGUUUGUUUUCUUUUCUAGAUCAUAGUUUUGCCUUUGCACAGUACAGACAGAUUUAAGAAGUAUUGAGCUUCCAUUACUGUCUAUGGAUAUAAUAAUGCAUUUAUCUUGAACCUGAAGGGGGAUGAUGUAGCAUCAUGUGACACAGGGAACUCCUUCCUGUGGAAGUUCCAGUAAGAUGCCAUUGUUCACUCUCAAGGUUUCCUCUGUGUUGUUGUCUCUAUAGUUCACAAGAUGAGAAUUAUUGUUUUUAAGUCAUUUUAACUUCACUGAAUAGCGUUUGUCUUUUUGAUUGAAGUACUACUACUAAAUGCAAAUUUACUGUAGUAGUCAUACCAAUAAUGACAUAGCUGGUCCUAAAUGCCACCAACCCACUCUUAUAUAUAAGUGUGUAUUAAGUGUGUUUUACAGGAUAAACCCUAUGUUUUACAGGAUAAACAAAAUGUAUAAAUAUAGACAUGCCUAAAAUCAAAUUAAACAGCAGAGUGAGGGCUGCAACACUACAGAAGCGUCCUUCAUCUACAUCAAACACAGGCGAAGAUGUGAUGGGCUAGUUUGCGACCUAUUUAUGGGUCUCCCGCUGUGAUACUUUAUUUAACACACAUAAACAAGGGCUCAAAUGAAAGCUCUAAUCGAAAGGAAUCUAAGGAUAUGUACCAAAGCAUGCUAGCUAUCACAUGUGGUGAGUUAUGAGAUGAAAAAUGCUAAGCUAAUUGCUAGCUAAAUAAACAAUGUAGACAUUCAGAUAUUAUCACACAAAGUCCAUAUUACUGGUGAAUGGAUCCCAUGCUCUGUUAUUCCUACCUUCUGGGAGGUUACUCACUCACUCAGAGCUUGUCUGAAGUGAUUUAUAGGGGGCGCCGUUUGGAGACAUUUUCAUUGCACCAGGGCCAUAAAACACAAUAAGCCAUUUUUAAUGGCUACCAGUCCUGUCAAUCUUGUGUUAGUGUUUUUAGGCCAAUUUCAUAGCUUAUAACAAGUAAAAAGACACCUCACUGGCCACAGUCAGUUGGUGCUAGGUGGAAGGUCCUGCUUCACUGUAUUGAAACCAACUUUUUGCUUUUUUCAGUUGAUGUUCACUGAUUGUGCUAUGAUUUAAGGGGGGGGUAGAAGUUUCAGCUGCCUCUGCUUUACUGAGAUAUUCAUUCUAACAGCGCAUUUCUCUUUGGAUAGUACUGAAACAUUUUACUUUUCUAUUAUUCAUUAACAUCACAUCAGUAACACCUACACUAAUUUUACACCUCACAAGUGUCCCCUACAUUAAGACACUAUUUGCAGUCAAAUAGCCUUUGUGGUUGCAGAGAUAUAUUCAUUUGAAUGUAGCUAUGCCAUUUUUUCAGAAAACACUCACUUCUUUGGAUUUAAAACAGUUUUGUGUACAGUCACUUCAGGUGAAUAAAAUCAUUUUUUCACUUUU